AAGAUAUCCGUACAAAAAAAAACAAAGCUUUUCAAACAGUAUAGGUACAGGUGUCAGCAAAGAAGCGGACAAAUCCGAGUAGGCGGCCGGCGGGAAUUAGGAGAAAUUGAACAAGGUGACCGAGUCAUAAACGUUGAAUAUUAAUACUGGAGAAUGUUGGUUACUUGUGGCCAGCAAUAAAUCGAGAAGCUGGUAGUGUGUCUUGUGUAAAUUCGCAGAUUUUGUCAGCAUUGACUUCGUGAUAAUCAAAUCACCAGCAAAUGAAUCCUUUCCAUGCUCUUGACUCUGCCAUUGACUUUGGAGGUGUCGUCGUGUCUCUGCCUCUUACUAUCGACUCUGCAAUGCCUGAUCCAUGGUGAGGGUCAGGGUUUGAACGGUGGGGUGAAGUUCGUCUAUAGGGUCAAACGUUGACGAUAACGAAGUAGCCUAGCUGUUUCCAUGGAGUUCCAGCUUUUUGUACAAUGCGUUUAACGAGUCCGCCCACCUUGUUCUACCAUCCUCUGAAAUGGAUUCCUCGCAGAACGCCUUCUGGCCACAUUCUUCGUCGUCGUCUCCUCCCGAUUCUCCGCCACAGCGGCGGGAAAUCGGUGGUUUCCGUUUCGGUAGUCUUGGUCGAGGACUGUACCCUAAACGGGCCGGCCAACUCACGCGGCAGCGGAAGCUACGGCAUCUGGAUGACAGUGAGCUCGGUGGUUUGGAUUUGAGGGAGCGUUCUUAUUCGUUGCCUGUUUCACCGAAGUCGACGUCGGGUUUGCGGUGGCCGAAAGGCUCGGAGCGCUGGUCGUGCCCCCCAGUGCCGCAGCCGCAGCCGCUGCCACAGCCUUUGCCGCUGCCGGAAUUGCCUUCGCAUAUCGGUCGGAGACCUGGUCCGCCGGAUUCAAAUUUGGGGCAACGUGGUGUUAGGUCACCGGUCACAGCAGAUGGAAAUGGAACUGGUGAUAGAACCUUGUAUGGCUCAAGGUUUUGGAGUGUUUAUGCUCGUGGAUCUACCUGGAAGAACACAGAUCAUCUUGCCACAAAAUCAGCUAAUUCGCCAAGGGGAUUCUCUCAAGAUCUAAAUGAUGAAGCUUGUCCUUACAACUUACGGGUGAAUAUUCCUGCUAGGAGUGCUCCAACAAGUGGUUUCUCAAGUCCUGCUCUUAGCCCACAAAGAUUUAGCCCUGGGGAACGUUUACCAUCCUCCUAUGCAGCUAUUCAAGACUUUCAGUCACCCGGCUUUGAUAGGCUUCCAGGUUGUUCUUCACAGAUGUCACCAUUGAAAACUCCGCACACUCCCGAUUAUUCUCCGCUUCAUAGCCCAACAGUUCAAAGUCCCUGCAUUAGCCCCUGUCUUAGCCCCAAAAGUCCAACUGGUAUUGCAUUUUCUUUGUAUCCUAAAUUGCUCCCAGGGAGUCAUGUAACAUGGCCUGAAAAGAAUGGUCAUGUCACUGUCCAUCCAUUGCCCCUUCCUCCUAUAGCUUUAAUGCCAUCAGAAUUACCCUUGCCUCCAAAAGCUUUAACACCAUCAGAGUCAGCUAUCAGUCAUCACACUGCAGAGAAACCAAAUGUACCAUCAAUGAAAAGUCAAUGGCAGAAAGGGAAACUUAUUGGACGGGGCACAUUUGGAAGUGUGUAUGUUGCAACAAAUCGAGAAACUGGAGCUUUAUGUGCAAUGAAGGAAGUUGAUAUCAUUCCAGAUGACCCUAAAUCUAGUGAGUGUAUCAAACAGUUGGAGCAGGAAAUUAAAGUUCUCCAUCAUUUAAAGCAUCCAAAUAUUGUGCAGUACUAUGGCAGUGAAAUUGUUGAUGAUCAUUUUUACAUAUAUUUGGAAUAUGUUCAUCCUGGAUCCAUAAAUAAAUAUGUUGAUCAUUUUGGAGCUAUGACAGAAAAUGUAGUUCGAAAUUUCACCCGCCAUAUUCUCUCUGGGUUGGCUUACUUGCACAGCACAAAGACAAUCCACAGGGAUAUCAAAGGGGCAAAUUUACUCGUUGACUCAUUUGGUGUUGUUAAGCUUGCAGACUUUGGGUUGGCAAAAUUUCUUACAGGACAAGCAUGUGAUCUUUCACUGAAGGGCAGUCCACACUGGAUGGCUCCAGAGGUCAUGCAAGCUGUGCUGCGGAAAGAUGCCAAUCCUGAUCUUGCUUUUGCGGUGGACAUAUGGAGCUUGGGUUGUACCAUCAUUGAGAUGCUGAAUGGAAGACCUCCUUGGAGUGAGUUUGCUGCGCCUGCAGCAAUGUUCAAAGUUUUGCAUGAGAGCCCACCCUUACCAGAAACAUUGUCUUCAGAGGGAAAGGAUUUCCUCCAGCAUUGCUUUCGAAGAAAUCCUGCAGAACGGCCAUCAGCUGCUAUGCUGCUUGAUCAUUCUUUUGUAAGAAGUUCACAAGAUCAAAAUGUUUCAGGCUUCAGCCAGGCAUUUUCAGGAAUGCAGUUAGUGGACAAACCACGCAGUCCAGGAGAUGCCAUGAAACAUAAAAUUCAUUCCAUGCCACUCUCUUCAGGCACACAAACCAUGAACAGAAAUGUACUAAGGGAAACUUCUCAUUUCACACUGAAAGUCCUCCCUAAUCUAUCUCCAUUGCUGAAUCACACUUCCCAUAUUCCCAUGACGUGCAGCUUGGAGAACAGAAAUCACUGUGCGGGUCUGAAAACACGUGGAAGGGAUUUGCAUCCCCUCUGAGGUUUUUGAUGCCUCAUUCAACAGGAGGUUCAAUUUAUUUUUGAUCCCUUUUGAAGUUACAGAGAAUUGUUAUUGGGAAAUGAACUCUGGCCAUUUCUAUGCGCAUCAAACACAGAACUUCAACGCAUUCAGGGAGUCCAAGCAGAAAGAGUAAACAAAAGGCAAAGAUCAAUGAUGUUCUGCCCACCCUUGUUAUGUACAUAUUGAGGUUCCUUUUUCAAUUGCAUUCCUUGAUAUUUUUGUUUUAAUAGAAUUUUCCAUAUUUUGUAUACCUUUAGAGAAGAAUGUACUUAGAAACUGGAUGGAAGCUGCUUCCACGGCUUAAGAAUGUGAUUUCUUACUAUUUGAAACUGUCGCUGUAUUAUACUUGUUUAUAAAAUCAUUUCCAAUGCAACAAAA